UUUAACAAUAUUUAUCUUUAAUCAAUCAUGUGUGUGUAUAGGUGCCUUAAUUAUACUAAAAUACAUAUGUCAAUUGUCACAUCCAUGAUAGUGUAAUCUAUUUUUAAUUUAAUAAUUCACCGAYAUUCAAAGUUGUUAAUACAUUUGUUAUUCAAUUAUUUUAAUUAGUCUAUAUUAUUGUCCACUACUAUACUAUGUACAAAUAUUCAACACAUCAUGUCUUCUGUAGCAGUGUUUACUUCUGGAAAUAAGAAGUGUGCUGGUUCAUCAAAAUCUAUCAGUUGGUAUCAAAUAGAUUGUGACUUGUGAUCACAUGAACCAUGAAAUUUAAAAAGCAUAUAGAAACAUUUUUACAUACAAUGAAGGAAAAAGCACAAACCAAACUUUCCAAAUCAAAUAAUUCACGAGCUGAAAUAUAUAACCGACUUGCAGCUUAUCGUCCAGAAUACGAUAAAGUUGUUUCAUGGUAUGAACGGGUAACUGGUUUAAGUGAAGUUCGAGUAGCCCAAGAUAGAGUGUUGGAGUCUCAAAAACAAUUUAUGAAUGCCCAAGAUAAAAGAAGAGAUGUUUCAGUGGAACUCAGAACAAUUCAAAACAAACUAAAAGACAUCCGAAAUGAACUUUUAAAUACUUCUAGAUCAGAAGAUAGGUAUAUUGAAUUAGUAACACAGGAACAUGCUUUAUUAAAACAAGAAAAUUAUAUCAUCGAUCGGGUAAACUAUAGUGAAAAAGAGGAAAGAGAUAGCUUCAUAUUACUCUCUACCACCUUGAAAGAUAGUCAUGAUCGAGAGAGAAUUCAAGCUGAGAGAACUAAAUAUGUAUCUAUUGUUGGCUCAAUUCUGGGUACUAUUAUUGGUAUAAUUGGAAGUACUGUAAUCAAUGCAUGGAAAAUGAAUGAAUUCAAAAGAAUGGUGUUGGAUGCCAAAUUGGAUUCAUCAAAUUCAAUCAAAAGUGAUCAGAUAAAACAUUUAUUGUUACAAGUUCAAAAACAAAAUAAAAUGUUGAAAAAUGCACAAUUCAAGUUAAAUUCAGAUAAACUGACAAGUAUCGUAGAGCCAAACUGGAAAUACACUGACCGUGAUGUUAUUAUAUUAACAACUAUAAAUUGUACUUUAGUAGCUCUAUCAGCAUAUUUAGUGUCAAAGUUAUUUUAAUCSGUGAUGUCUAUUCAAAUUUUGUUUUUAUUAUUGUUGUUGGUUUUUAUUUUUUAUCAAACAAUGUUCUCCCGUUA